CAAGACGGCCCAUCAUGCGGAUAAUUGUCUGUUUCCUGCUUUUAGCAGGUCUGAUAUGCAAAUGUACAAGUCAAAAUCUCCAGCAAGGGGCAGGAAUUCCGGUUGCUGGACAGAAUCCUAACCUUCCACCGCAACCGGCUGGUGCAAGAAACAAUAUCACGAGUGCUCAAAAUUCGAUGAGUGCAGGCUCCGCUAAUCAACAGCCCGCUGCUGGUUCUUCUGCUUCAUACCCUCAAGGCCCCACGGUUGGCGGUCCAACUGGAAACCAACAGCCACCACAGUCUGGUGCUACUACUGGAAACCAGCAAAAUAAUAACGCAGGUCAGGCCCAGGGAGUCGGGAAUUCCACAUAUCAACACCAACCUACACCUCUUGGAAAUCAACGGCAACCAACAGGGCCUGGCGUUGGUACUGGAAACCAACAGCCACCUGCAGCUGGGAGUUCAUCUGGAAACCAACAGCCACCUGCAGCUGGGAGUUCAUCUGGAAACCAACAGCCACCUGCAGCUGGGAGUUCAUCUGGAAACCAACAGCCACCUGCAGCUGGGACUGGAGCUGGAGCUGGAAACCAACAGUCACCUGCAGCUGGGAGUUCAUCUGGAAACCAACAGCCACCUGUAGCUGGGACUGGAGCUGGAGCUGGAAACCAACAGUCACCUGCAGCUGGGAGUUCAUCUGGAAACCAACAGUCACCUGUAGCUGGGACUGGAGCUGGAGCUGGAAACCAACAGUCACCUGCAGCUGGGAGUUCAUCUGGAAACCAACAGCCACCUGUAGCUGGGACUGGAGCUGGAGCUGGAAACCAACAGUCACCUGCAGCUGGGAGUUCAUCUGGAAACCAACAGCCACCUGUAGCUGGGACUGGAGCUGGAGCUGGAAACCAACAGUCACCUGCAGCUGGGAGUUCAUCUGGAAACCAACAGUCACCUGUAGCUGGGACCGCAUCUGGAAACCAACAGCCACAAGCUCCGUCAACAAGAACCCAGGUACCUACCACAACCACAACCACAACAACCCCGGCGCCAACGACAACAACUACGUCAACUCAGGCGCCGACGACUCCGAAAUAUACAAUAAUUACAACUUGUCCGGCCACGUGGAAGAAAUACAAAAAGGCCUGCUAUCAGAUGUUCAGCGGUGGUGAUGUGAAAAACUUCAAAAGUGCCGAGAACUAUUGCAGGGCGCAAAAAGGCAACUUGGCCAGCGUCAACGACAAGUAUGAAUACGCGUACCUCAUGAAAGAGUUCAUGGACACACUUCCCAAUGUCGGUGCUAUCACCUCGAUCUGGAUUGGUCUCUACUGCAAGGACGGCAAGGACUUCUUCUGGACAGAUGGCAGUGACACUGACGGCAAGGCAUUCUACAAACCAGGACUAAUGUAUUUCAAGAGGCACCUCAAGCUUGCCACGAUCACUCUCUCCAAGAUGGGCACCAUGAAUGGCUACUUUGGCGUCCCAAUGACCAAAUCCCUGCCUUAUAUUUGCGAGAUUAGCCUUGGUGGUAAAAAGAAGACCAGGAAGGAAUAUGCAUGUGGAUAUGGAUGGAAACUAUUCAAAGGACGCUGCUACCAAAUGUUUCAGGAGUACGAACGCUUCUUUGCCGCCGAGAGACAGUGUAAUCAGUACCAAGGCCAUCUUGUCAGCUUGAACAGCGAGAAAGAGCACAGGUUCGUCAGUGGACUCUUCAAGACAAAGCAUCCAGAAUUCGGAACCUGGGUCGGUAUGGUCAAAAUCAAGCACAACAACGCACAGCCAACAUUCGAGUGGAUUGAUGGCAGUUUGACAGACUACACACCACCAACUGUGUUCGACAACCAGCCAGCACCAAACCCCAACUAUGGCGCCAUGUACAAGAAUAGCAGCAUUUUUGAUGUCACCCCAUACUACCAGUUGCCCUUUAUUUGUGAGAGAGAAAUCCCUGUGGGUUGUGAGUUAGGUUGGGACAGAUUCCAAGACUUCUGCUAUCUCGUCAGCAAAACACCAUCUACCAUUGUCGAGGGAAAGAAAUUAUGUGAGAAAGACAAUGCUACUCUUGCAAGUGUGUGCAGCUACGAAGAGUACAAGCACAUGAUGAGGACGCGUCAUCUAUUUGGACUCAAAGGGGUUUGGACUGGGGCAUAUUUCCUCAAAUUGGGCAAAGAGGAACUCUUAGUCUGGUCUGAUCGCCGUGGUUGCACCUUCCACCCACCAGGGAAGUACGGCGGUGGUUUCGACAAGUUUGCCGUCCUGAGCAACAGCGGCCUGAAGCGAGAGGCUGGCACCAAGAAGUUCCCUGUCAUGUGCAAGAAGAUGGCAAAAACUGAGUGCAUUGGUAGUUUCAAAAAGAUAUACCAGCACGACGACCCGCUCCUGCUGGUAACCAGCGCCUCUGACGUCAAGGAAUGCAAGAAGGCCUGCCUCGAGAAGGAUGGCUGUGAUGGAUGCACAUUUGCCGAGUACCAGGGCAACAAGAUGUGUUACUUGCACCAUCAGGAUGGUGGUCAGUUGCCCAUGAUGACAUCAGUUGACCUUCAGCACUGGAAGUUAUGCAAAAACUAUUAAAGUGCUGACGUGAGGAAAUUCUUUACUUUGGGUGACCAGGCAAGAUGUCGCAGGGAGGUGUUGCUUUUCGCUAUCUUGCUGGAGACCUGUUAGUAAUGGAAGAUGUUGUUUUGAUAAAUUUUAGAUGUAUAGAUGCUACUUGGAUUUCAUCCUAAAACUUAAUUUUGAAAUACCAAAGUUAAAUUAUGAACUUUCAGAUCUAACUUUAAUACCCAUCGCACACCCACCCGCGCGUUUCAGUUCAAUAUCCAACUCUGUUUGCAAAAUGUAUAUUGUCCGUGUAAUUUACUGCAGUCUAGACAGUAAGAGAUCCUUUUAAAACGAUGUUUGAUUUGAUAACCAAUUUGAUAACCAAUGUUUGAUUUGAUAGUCUACGAGAGAAAGAGAUAGAUGACAAAUACUUUUGAUGGGGUGUAAAGCGGCAAUCGAGAGCAAGGACGAUAUUUUACAGACGUGCCCACGUACGUUGAAAAUUUCACCAUUAAUGUUAACGUAAUAGAAAUUAAAAUAUUAUUGUAAAAUA